UCACAUCCUGAACCCUUUGUGUUAGACUGAUAACACUUCCAAGCAAGAAAUUUUUGAAAAAUUGUUGUUCACCAAUUGGGAUUUUCGAUCGACAUGGAAUCAGCAGGGAAACAAGGAAGUUCAGAUACAUCAAGCGAAGAAAAUGAUUGCCUUGUACAAGUCAAAGAAGACACGGCGGCUACCAAACGCUCUUAUGAAUGCACUUUUUGCAAGCAGGGCUUCACCAACGCUCAGGCCUUAGGAGGGCACAUGAACAUACAUCGAAAAGAUCGAGCCAAGCGCAAGCAAGUUACUGGUUCCUCGUUUUCAAAGAAACCCAUGGCUAUUAAUGAUGAGCACUUGAACCCUAGAUAUAUUCCACCGAUUUCAGCCGUUUAUGAGCUUAAAAGGAAACCUCUCAUGUAUAACCCACCAUCGGCAUCUAGCCCUAGACCUUCAAUUACUCACCAAAACGAUAGAGAGUUUCUCCUGCCAAGGCCGCAGUCUUCAAGCACAAAUGAAGAGGUUUUGGGUGGAAAUUUGAGUUUGGGAAUCGGCCAAACGUGUGUUGAAGAUGAUCAAGUAAAUAGAGUAAUUAUGAAGGAAGAUGAACUGGAUUUGGAGCUUCGACUUGGUCAAAAUCUUUAAUAAGUACACCCUUCUAUCCGUAUCUCUCUCUCUCUCUCUCUCUCUCUCUCUCUCUAUAUAUAUAUAUAUAU